GACACCAAGGAGACGUGUAGAGGAAGAUGGAGAUGAGGAUUCUUACAUAGGGCUGCUUGCCGUUUAUUCACACUCUUGCACACUCUUAUACACUCUGUUUACACUCUCUAUACUCGACGCUUACACACGUCAGAACUCUGUCCUUUACGCGGACAUCGCUCAGCUAUCUACGCCCUGGUACGGCUUCUCUUAUGCCUACCCCCUCGUCUGCCCUGGGCGGAGGCUCACCCAUUACCACCCGGCGACGAGGUGAGGCCUCGACAUCACUAGCCCUUCUUCGGCGGCGGCUGGGAUGUCUUCCAUGCAGGUUUGAGACCGUGGGGAAACAGCCAUCAUGUCAUCAGCGCCGUGUGUGACGGAGGACAUCCUGGAGGAAUUGCAGGUGGCUGCAGCCCAGAGUUUGGAACUGGUGGAUGCUGCUGAACAUUACGACAUCAUCAGAGAACUGGGCAAGGGAACGUACGGAAAGGUGGACCUAGCAGUGCACAAGGGCUCCGGUACAAAGAUGGCCCUGAAGUUUCUGAAGAAGAAAUCGACCAAGUUAAAAGCUUUCCUACGGGAAUACAGCAUCACCAACUACCUCUCGACGAACCCCUUCAUCAUCAACAUCUUUAAUGUGACCAUGGAGACGGAGGAUGCGUACAUCUUUGCGCAAGAGUACGCUCCAGCAGGAGACCUCUUCGACAUCAUCCCGCCACAGGUGGGGCUGCCCGAAGGCACCGUGAAGCGCUGCAUCCAGCAAGUUGGCCUGGCGCUCGACUUCCUGCACGGCAGGGGGCUGGUGCACCGCGACGUCAAACCCGAGAACGUCCUCCUCUUCGACAGGGAGUGCCGGCGCGUCAAGCUCUCAGACUUCGGCAUGACGCGGCGGGCGGGCGCCCGGGUGAAGCGCGUGAGCGGCACCAUUCCCUACACGGCGCCCGAGCUGUGUGACGGGGCGCGCUCCGACGGCUUCUGUGUGCGGCCCAGCAUCGACGUGUGGGCCUUUGCCGUGCUGCUCUUUUGCAUGCUCACCGGCAACUUUCCCUGGGAGACGGCGACGCCCGGCGACCCCUUCUACGGCGAGUUCCUCUCCUGGCAGCGCCGCAAGGCUGCUGCCACGGCCGCCGCCGGCACCGGCGCGGCCUCCUCCGGCGCCGUCCCCUCGCAGUGGCGCCGCUUCUCGCCCGAUGCGCUGCGCCUCUUCCGCAGGCUGCUGGCCACGGACCCCUGUCGGCGCUGCGCCGUCGCCGAGCUCUUUCGCUACGUCCAGCGAGACUGGAUGCUGGCGGGGGCUGGCAACGGCAACGGGGAGGGGGGGAGGCGAUCAGACGGGUGGCCUCGCGACGGCGGUGGCAUCACGGGGGAAGAGGAGGAGGAGGAAGCAGAUCGCCUGGCCUCACUCGUGCAGCAGCACCGCAUCUCAUCACUGGACAGCCCCACGGGCAGCCACCGCCGCCUGCUCCUCCUCGGCCACUUCUCGUCCACCGACAGCCCGGGCUCCGUGUCGGCAUUGGCUGCUGCAGCAGCUCACCGGCUCAGCCACUUCUCGUCACUUGACAGCCCCACCACCGCCACCACGGCCCAUACCGGCGGUGGUGGUGGCGGCGGCGCACGUGGCCGCCACUUCUCCCCGGGCGACGGCCCCCUCCCGUCGGCAGCAACGAGUGCCGACCGUCUGCGCCACUUCUCAUCGCUUGACAGCCCCCCUCUGUCCGCCAGUGCCGCCGCCACCGCCGCCACCGUGCGCGCCCUGCGCCAGUCGCACUCACAGUCGCCCCCUGCAGGGAAAAGCGGAGGGGGAGGCGGAGGCGGAGGCGGAGGAGGAGGGGGAGGAGCACGGGCGGCCAAUCGCAGCCACAGCUCGGGUCGCUCGCACAUCACAGCAAUCGAGAUCUGUGUGUGAGUGCCGUUGGCGACGAAGUGACCCCCCUCCGCCCGCCCAUCUGUCCCCGCGAAAACGGAAUUUGCGCGUUCAGAUCUGGUGAAGCCGCAUUGUGUUCUUUUACAGUAUCACGAUUGUGAGGGGUUUUUUUGACGGACAUGAGAUAUGCGAGGGUUUGGCCUGGAAAAGGUGGCUUAAACCUGACCCGCUCGCCCGAUUUACCCCGCUCAUUCAGCAGUUUCACCGCACUCAACAACGACCAUUCACCAUACCCGUUCGCCACUAAGCGGCGGUGAUGUCCCCACAGCAUUAAGGGUGCACCUUGUGUGUGGUUUUACUGACCGAAGUGACUUGCAGCUUGCACCAGCUGUGUUCCCCACUUGUGCCCGCUUUGUUGUGUUUUAGCCGCCCGGCGCUCCGCUCGUUGUUGUGAGCGUUGCUCCUCUGCCCUCCAUUGCCAUUGGAGGGCGACCACCUCUAACUGCCCAGUCGCGUCCUUCAUGGGCCUCCUCCUCCACGGGCCUCCUCCUCCACAGAGGCCGAUCUUAACACCACCAGGACCUGUCAUCGGGUAGUCCAAUCAGCUCCACAUCCUCCUGUACCGCAUCAGUCCAUCUCAUCUCUAGCCUGUGCUAUGACCCAUCUAGCACCCUCUAUCUGGCCAAAAAGAAGCUGUUUGGUCAUGCGGUGACUGAAACCACAUUGGGGCUCUGCAAGUCUUUCCUCAACAUGCCUUGGCAAGGUGAUGUCGAAUAAUCGUUGCCAGGACCUUUCCUGGGAUACUGAGGAGGAAGAUGCCCCUGAUAGUUGCUACAAUUAGUGCAGUUCACCUUAUAAAGGGGAUCCUUCCAAUCCUGCAGAAACCAUCAUAUGGUCCAGACGGUUAUAAUGAUGUAACAGAGGUCAGCUUCCACAAAAAACAAAAACUAAUUUAUAUAUUUUUUUUAUUUUACGAGGUAAGGCCCACUGAGCGAUCGAUAUAGCUCUUUUUCAGAAGCGACCUGACCACAAAUCAUAGAUCAACGAAGUGGCUUGCAACGUGGAACUUUUCUCGCAGCCAAAUACUUGUGAUGUUGAUUCUAAAUGUGGAGAAAAAACCGGAGGACCAAGAGAAAAAUCCAAGCGACCACGGAGAGAGAUAUACACAAAUUCCAAAUUUACAGCAGGCGUCAGGGUUGGGAUUGAACCCAUGACCUCCUGUAUACCAGGUGAGUGAGUUAAUAUCUCGCCACAAUCGCCCACCUCAGCAGCUCGCCUCAGAGGUCAUCGUUGCCUGCCACUUUACCUGGUCUUGCACACCCUCAGAUGGGACUUCAGCCAGCCAGCUAACCAGCCACUCACAGGGAGCGGUUCCCUUGUGCAAUAUUCGAGGCACAGCUCCCCCAGCCAAGUGAACCCCCCCUUGCCUCCUGUUGUCAUCUGAGCUGAGGGGUUUCCCCUCCAAACCAACAACUCACGGAAAUGCUCCGCAAAACUCUACAGUCCUAUUCCUCUGGGUGGUUGGAGAUCGAAUCAGCCUAACCCACUCACCCAGUCAUCCACUCAACUACGGGUUGCCACCUAGUCCAGGAAUUACUAACUAUAUAUACUAUAUUUUUAUUUUACCAGGUAAAGCCCACUGAACUAUAUAGGUAUUUUUCAGAAGCGACCUGGCCACAAAUGAUAGCUCAACGAAGUGGCUUAUUAAGUGGAAAUUUAUAGCAGUAGCCAAAUACUCUAAACGCACGUUUCUAAAUGUGGAGGAAAAAACCCGAGGACCCAGAGAAAAAUCCAUGCAGCCACGGGGAUAGAGAUGCAAACUCCAAAUAUAUAGGUGUCAGGGUCGGGAUCAAACCCACGAACCUCCUGUAUACCAGGCGAGGUAGUUAACAUCUCGCCACCGUGGCGCCCAAUUGAGUUGUACCAACGUCUGGUGAUGAAACUUAUUUCGGGAUACUGCCCGGUUAUGAUAACCGAUCGAAGCCAGUAGCAGUUGGUUUUCAGUGUGGUUCCCCGGGACCACGCAGUGGAGUCCGCGACACUCCUCCACGUGCUCCUCAGGGCUGUGAUGCAAACACAGGUUGAGCCGGACAAUAAUGACAACUUUUAUUGACACCUUUUGUUGCGGACAUUAAAUAAUAUUUUCACUUAUAUUUAAUUUAAGAAACGAAGUUUGGUGAACUACCCUGAUUAAGCUACCCUAGCCCUAAUAUCUAUAUGCUGCCCCACCUCUAAAAAAAGCGUUUAAAAAAAUGAUGUUCCGGUAAUUUGAAUAGUUUUGUAUUACUGGCAUUUAGAGAGAGAAGUGAAAUGCAUAUAAGUGGUUAAUGGCUGUCAGUAGUGUAUGUCGGUGGGCUGUGGAAGUGUUUGCAAUCGGCUUAGCGGUCCACGAGGCCAAACAAGUAUGAGAAACCCCGCUCGAAGCUGACUGGAAAAUGCGUCCUGCUUGGCCUGGGAAGUUUUGGGAGAUCCCGGCUCUGGAGAAGAGAGAUCUCUGUCUAUGCGCCGCCGUCACUUAACGGUGGAAUUUUUUUUCAUUCUGCACAUACCAAUUGAUGCAAACCUUGCAAUAUGUCAUUUGCUCUGUAGCUCAGUAAAUUAUUAAUAGGUAAGCGUGUGUGUGGGAAGGGGGGAAUUACAGCUUUAGCUGAAUGUUGUGCUUGAAGUACUGUGAAAGAUCUGUUUCAAUAAAAGAGCUUUUCACUGUUAGUACAGUAUUUAGCAUGUAUAGUAUAUAUAUAGUGUUGUCAAUUAUACGGUACAUAUCAGAGAUAUACAUACAUAUACGGAUCGUCAAAAACACCUUGAAAAUGGAAUUAUAAAUCUUCUUGCCAAAUGUACCCACAUGAAAGAGAGAGAUGCUCCUUCCCUAUAAACAUCUGGGCAAUUCACCAGCAUUGGUUCAAGCAAAUCGCCUGGCUCUGCUGAUGCGGUACGACUUUGAAACAUAUCUCGCGUUUGCUUGCGUUGAAACGAAUUCUGCCGAAAUUAUGGACUCAUAUAAGUGGUUAAUGGAUGUGUAAAAUAAAUGGAUGUGUUAUUUACGUGAAGGGACAUCGUAUGGGUUACUAAACUGAAAAAUAACAAAUAUCUGAACCUCAAUGCGUUUAAUACUCAUUACAUCCCAUUUUCAAAUGUGGUUGACACAUUUGUGUGUAUAGUGUACAUGUAUAUAAUGUAAACAUAGAUAGAUGUAUGUGUGCAAUAUGUAUUCAGAACACCACAAACCCGACACCUUUCAAUUCCUUUGCAGUUUGCUAUAUUAUUUCCAGAGGGUAGAUGGCCACGUGCGAGAGUGCGAGUGAGUGUAAAGUUGAGACGGUGUGAGAGUGUGAGUGUAAGGGAGUGUUAGUGUCGUGGCUUGUGCGCUGCGCUACGAACCCGCCCACCCGAGUUCGAUUCCCGCUCACGGCCAACACCAGUGACGAUUAUUUUAAUCGGUCAUGGGCCUCCUCCCCUAGUUCGACUCGGUCCACAUUGUUGUGCUCGUGCGGGAGUGGGUGGUGUAUUUAUUAGAGCGCUGUGCUACGAAAGCAACGAGCCAAGUUCGAUUUACACUCGGCCAACGAUGACAAAUAAUUUGAACCGGUCAUGGGCCACCGCUAGGUUGACUUAUCCUUAAAUGAUUACCCGGUACGAUGAGUAAACGUCACCAUUUGGGGGACAAAGGCGGCCGGGCGUGGUUAUCGCCACCCAUCCCCGCGUAUGCCGUGCAGUCCUCCAUAGGCACUCGCUAACAGCACUUCCUCCAACAGUCUGUUAAAGGCUGUAUGGGAGACCUCUGUCUUUGUGCGUGUGUAAGUGAACAUGCUGCUGCAAAAGGAUAGAUUACAUACUGGCAUGGUGGCACCUUUACAUUUGGACCACCGCACCACGCAUUCAUACCCAUUACACACUCGCAUAUGUAUGUAUAUAGUAUUUUAUAUUCAGGGCUAUUAUUGGAUCUGUGAGAUUCCACAAACACUAAAGUGUUUCUUAGUGCAAUGUUUUGUCAGGUUUUAGAAUAAUUGUACAGCAACGUAAGAUGUGUUCGGGUCGUGUGCUGUGUUAACCAUGGUAUAGGGCUAAUCGUUCUACAGCACAGCAAGUAGGUUGUGUAAAUACCAUGCGUGCAAUAGACCAGGUGUGACGUGUUAAGCACAUAAACAUUUGGAUAUUUUUUUGUACUUGGCUAUUACCAAGGGUGCAAUCUUGCGGUCCAUUGUAGUAGGGUUGUUUUUUUUAUCGUCUUUUCUAGUUAACCAGUAACCAUUUCCAUUUGCAAUACGGCUUGCCACGCAUACAGCAACACAGUUGCCCGGACACAACCGCAUAAUGCGCUCACCUGUUUUAAACCGAGCAACACAGGGAGGCAGCCACAUGAGUCCCGAGGUCACCAGUUCCCUUCCAUCUCCCGGCGCGGCAAACAGACGAUUGGGGGGGGGGUGACUUUCUCAAAUCCACCCCCUACUCCCCCCCCCCCCCCGUUCUCCCCCAUUGCCACAAGGGGUGGUCAGUAAGCUGCGGAUCUUCAAGCAACCCCUUCGUGACGUUAUUUAUUCAGGACCACCGUCUCGUAUUCCACGUUGCAUUGCGGUUCCUCUUGAAAUAUUUCCUCUCAACCCAGCCAGUGCACACGGGAAGCGAGCUGUCACGGCUCGCCGAUCGGCAGCUUUGUCUGCAGUGGGGUAAAGGAAGGAUAAGGCCACCCCUUCCGCGACAUCUAGUCGGCUUGUUGGGUUGUAUAUUCCCAAUUUCCAUUCAGUUGCAUUUGUUUCUGAAGCUCCAACUUGUAAAAAGCGGUUACCAUUUCGUGACUUUUUGAACUGGUGCCGAUCUAUGCACGUAGCCUGAAUCCAGCACUGUGGAGAGCGGGGGGGGGGGAUCGCACUCCUCUUGUGAAACUCCCUUCCCGUGAGGCGUGGAGGAGGGACCGUGCCCCUGGCGAGCCAGCAGAAAGCGGAAGAGCAAGUGAGCUAAUCGCCAUCUGUUCAUUUGUACGGGGAUAGAGCGACGCCCCCCCUCUCGAAUGCAUAGAUUUCGACCCACACAUAUAAAAACUGGAAAAAUAAAUAUAUUAUUAUCAUUGUUAUUUUUGAAACAACCCUACUAUUGUGAGUGCUGGCCAGAACCGUCACGACGUGGACCGCUGUUCUAAGUGUUCCGGCCCUGGGUGGUUCGAGCAUCCGUCUUCUAUGCGCGGGCUUUGUUGCUGAAGUUGUUUCGUUUUGAUGUCUCCCUUUCUCUCGGUGGCAUCUGCUGUGCCCAGAGGAUUGGUGUUGGGUUUCCGUGCCCAAGGGUAGGGUCUCUGUGUUCGUGCCAUGCAGCAGUGCCGUGAAUCUCUUGUCCAUGUCUUGCUAGCUGUCGUGUUGUUGUUGUCGUCGAUUAAAAAAAUCAGUUGCUGAGCCACGGGGCCCGUGAAGUCCUAAAACGGCAGGCGGCCGGCAACAAACGGCACUAUUAAAAGUUGUAAUAGAUAAUAAGGUGUAACUCGUUUCUUGAAUUGAGAAAGAUAUUGUUGUUGUUAUAAGAACUUGGGAGAGAAAGAAAAAAGACGAUGGAAAUCCCUGAGUGGAUCGGUGACGAGUGCAUGGGAAGAAGUAGGAAGAGGAGUGGUGUGUGACCUGCAGUGUGGUGAGUGGGAAGUUGAUUGGGUCACUGUGACUGUAGCGGUUAGCGCGCCGCACUACAAAACUCGGCAAUCCCCGAGUUCGAUUCAGCUCAUGGCUUAAACCGGUGACGAUUAUCUGAACCGGUCCUGGGCCUCUGCUAGGUCGACUUGGCCUCAAAUAAGUACCUGGUUCGAUGUGUAAACAUCGCCCCCUUGGGGAGAUAAAGAUGGCCGGGUGUGGCUCUCGCUAACGGCACUUGUUCCAAUCUUUUAAGGCUAUAUCGAGUUAUUUGCUUCCUACAGUGUGGUGAUUGAACAGACUGGUGGAUAUGACGAAACGGACUGUGGUCUGGUUGAUCCGAGUCCUUCAAACACGGGUGGAGGAACCAAUGAGCCAGGUUCAUGGCAAUAGAAACCACGUUAGCAGGCGACGGACCCACCGGUUAAUGAGUACAUGGAGUGAAUGAAUUCUAGGUCAUCAAUUCUCCCAUGUUUAUUAACACAUUAAUUUACCGAUAACACCUUAACACACGAAGGACCACAGAGCUGGGACAAUUGUUAGUGGCGCCGGCUCCUCGCCAACGCGUGGCUGUUGCCGCUGACUUCCCCGCUCCUCGUUCUCGUCUGUGGGGUUUCUUCCUCCUGGCACUUCUAAAUCGACCGAGCGGAUAUUGGGUGGCAGUAGCAGCGCAGUGGUAAAAUCUGACAUUGUUAUAUUUUUUGUAUAUCUUAAAAAAAAAGGAUUGGCACGGGAAGGGAAAACUGAACUUCUUUAAUGCGCAUCUGCUAGUUUGCGUGCGUGUGUGAAUGAGGCUGGCCUGAGCCUAAUGUUAGUCGACCGAUAACAGUUGUAGGUGUCAAACCCGGCCACUGCUGGUCCAUGGCGUUGUUCGUGCGUGCGUGAAUAUCCUCCUCGUCUUCCUCAGAGUGUAGUCUCGUGUGACGCCAUCAUCAGCGCCGCUGUCUCGAUGCCUCGUGCAGCACUCUGCGCAGUUUCACGCACAAGCUGCCUGUAAAGCGUCGUGGCUUGUGUUUUGGGGGGUCUGUUGAGUCAAUACCGGUGAGCAAUAACGUCACUUGAGCUGGAAAAGUGUUUUCCAUUUGUUUAUCAAAUUCACUCCCCUCGCCCGAGGGAGAAUGCAAUGGAACGGGUAAAAAUGCCACCUGCAGGAAGCAUUCACAUUUCCACAAAUUACAAGCAGCUGAAAAUCAAAUGUGUUUUCUUAUAUUCACUAUAGUGAUGCUAAUGAUUAUUUUGUGUUGAACUAGGACCCAUAUCUAACAAGAGUGUGUCCUUUGCUAUAAACAAAGAAUCUGUCAGUUCACCAUUAUUGGUUCAAGCGAGCCUGACUGCUAAUGAGACACGACUAAAUGUCAGAACUGGUGCAACGUUUUGCAUGAAUUGAACCAACCCUGCUGAAAUGAUGCCCUCCCAGAAGGCCCGUGUGGCUGUUGGGAUACGUCCAAAAAUAUACUUGAUUUGUUUACGUGAAUUGACAGGCGUGUUGAAGGAGGCACGUACCCUCUGCGUGUGAAUGUCCAUCUCGUUUAUGACGGACAAACGCUGCGCCAACGUGGGAAAUUGUGCCCCGAGUCUGAGAUGCGUUCUUCAAACCAAGGCGUCAGCUCACACUGGGGAGGAUCAUGGUAUCUUUCAUUUAUUUGGCUGGGGAAUCGGUUGUGGUUUUAGGAAAAACGUGAAUCGAUUUUAUUUAUAUACCAAUAUAAACGUGCUCUUUGCAAAUGAAAAAAACCCAACACUCCCGUCACAACACAAUUUUUGAAGAUCACAUAAUUUCACUGAACCUGUGUGGAAACUGAAAGAAUAUAUAUCGAAGCAAUAUUGUGACAUCUUGGGAGAGUCCUGUGCUUAUGUGAAAACAAAAAUUCAAGUUGUGGCAUAAGUGAUAAAUAAAAACACUUCGUCAGCUCAAAGAGUGUGCGUGCCGUGUGUUCAUGUACAUGGUGGAGCCAGCGA